CUUUCAUUGCAAUUUCUCUCUUUUGCUUCUAAAAAAAACCCUAACAACAACUUCUCUCUUCCACGUUCAACAACAAUGGAGUUCUGGGGAGUUGAAGUGAAACCAGGGAAGCCUACUAAGGUGACUCCUGAAGAUGACAGCCUUGUCCACAUUUCUCAGGCUUCACUUGACUGCAAAGUGAAAUCUGGAGAAUCUGUGGUUUUGACUGUCACUGUUGAUGGGACUAAGCUUGUUAUUGGAACACUUUCACAAGAGAAGUUCCCUCAGAUUAGCUUUGAUUUGGACUACACUAGUUCAGAAGAGGAGGAUGUUCCUGAAGCUGUUCCUGCCCCUGUUCCUGCAGCUGUUGCUGUCAAUGGAAAUGCUGGAGCAGCUGCUUCGAAUGUUGUCAAGGCUGACUCAAAGCCAAAGGCUAAGCCUGCAGAAGUGAAGCCUGCAGAAGUGAAGCCUGAAUCAGAAGAUGAUGAGGAUUCCUCUGACGAGGAAGAUGAGUCUGCUGAUGAUGAUGACUCUGAGAAAGGAAUGGAUGUUGACGAGGAUGAUUCAGAUGAUGAGGAGGAUGAAUCAGAGGAAGAAGAAGAAGAGACUCCCAAGAAGCCUGAGCCAAUCAACAAGAAGAGGCCUAAUGAAUCUACAUCCAAAACACCUGUCUCGGGAAAGAAGGCAAAGCCAUCAGCAGCACCAGCAGCUACUCCUCAGAAGACAGAAGAGAAGAAGAAAGGAGGACACACAGCCACACCACACCCAGCUAAGAAGGGUGGUGGAAAGUCUCCUGUGAAUGCUAACCAGAGCCCCAAGGCUGGAGGUCAAUCAUCCGGUGGUAACAAGAAAUUCAAUUCGGGCAAACAAUUUGGUGGUUCUAACAACAAGGGCAAGGGCAAGGGUAGAGCUUAAUGAGGAGGUGGAUAUCAAGGAGAGGUUUUGGGUUUUUCAGUAGAUGGUGAACCACUUAAGUCUUGAAGGGUGCUUUUGGAUUUUUAUCUUAUUUUAUUUUAAAACUUUUUAUCGGAAGAGCUAUUUAGAGUAUUGCAAUUUCUACUUUCCUAUGUAAUUCAGUAUAUGAAUAUUGCUGAUAUGAGAAAGAAGACUCCAAUUGCAAACAUAAAAUCAGUUUAUUCCU